UUUCGGUUAGUUCCGUCUACAUCAUGGCGGCCUCCGCAGAGCUGAACGUUGCGAGAAAGAAAUUAGCCGAAGCUUUAGGGGACAGCAUAACAUUAUGUCAAGAGAAGACUUUGAUUUGGAAGCCAGAAGAUUGCUCACACGGGAGGCAGUUCAUCUUCACAAUGAGUUUCUGUUAGCUAUACUCACUAGAUGUCAGACUUACAGUUCUAUGCUGAUGCCUAGAGAUCUGAACUGCUCCAGCCUCACGUACACACCAGCUGUUAAAGCACUUAGGAAAGAAUCUCACAAAAUUAAAAGCAAAAAAGCAAAAACAACAAGAUCAGCUUUUGUGCAAAGGUUCCAGCCAGCCAGUCCCUUGAACUAUAGUUCGGUGGUGCUGCCAGGACCUCCAGAGGAGGAGGGGGCAAUCAGUUUCUGUACCAGAGAGAUGAUGUUGCCAGAUAUUGGCAUGGUGCAUGGGCGGAUGCUGGUGAUGGCCUGGGAUCAAGGUCUUGAGGACGUCAAAGAUGAUGCUGUGAGGCUUGUCAUGCAAGCAGUAGAACACCAACUGAAAUGUGUUUUAACUGCAGUGUUUUCACAACGUAAUGGAUUUCAAAUGAGAGAAAGAAGAUUUAAGCAUGCCAUGGGCACCCAAGCUCCGCAGGACAACAUCAGAAACUCUGAAAGCCUGCAUGAACAUAUAUCUGGCAGUGCACCAACUGCUGUAUCUAGUAAAGGCACCCACAUCCCGUCCAUGAAGAGGUCCCUAGAACUUGGUGCAGCUGGGGCAUCCUUACAGCUCUCUUGUGGGGGCAGUGAAUCUCCAGCCAAGAGUCCAGUGUCUCUAUAUGAGUUAAUGGCUUCAUUAGAGGUAAAAUAA